CGCAGCCGCCGACGCGGCGCGGGGCUCGGGAGCUGCGGGCGCGCCCAAGACGCGCGGGCCCGGCCGCCGCCGGCUGCUGGAAGUUGGCGGACAUGGGCCGGCUGCUGCGGGCCGGCCUGGCGCUGUGCUGGCUAACAGCCCUGGCCGCUGGCCUGCAGGUGUCUGUCCCGGACAAGAGGAAGGUGGCCAUGCUCUUCCAGCCCACCGUGCUCCGAUGCCACUUCUCCACGUCCUCCCGCCGGCCCGCCGUGGUGCAGUGGAAGUUCAAGUCCUACUGCCAGGACCGCAUGAGCGAGUCCCUGGGGAUGGCCACCCCGCGCGCCCAGUCCCUCAGCAAGAGAAACCUGGAGUGGGACCCCUAUGUGGACUGCCUGGACAGCCGGAGGACGGUGCGUGUGGUGGCAUCCAAGCAGGGGUCCACGGUCACCCUGGGCGAGUUCUACCGUGGUCGGGAGAUCACCAUCGUUCACGAUGCGGACCUUCAGAUCGGCAAGCUCUUGUGGGGGGACAGUGGGCUGUACUACUGCAUCGUCACCACCCCCGACGACCUGGAGGGCAAGAACGAGGACUCGGUGGAGCUCCUGGUGCUGGAGUGGGUGUUCGUGGGCCUGGUGGUCCUGGGAUUCGUGCUCCUCUGCGUGCUCGUGGGGAUCUGCUGGUGCCAGUGUUGCCCGCACAGCUGCUGCUGCUAUGUCCGCUGCCCCUGCUGCCCGGACACCUGCUGCUGCCCGCAGGCCCUGUAUGAAGCAGGGAAAGCCGCGAAGGCCGGGUACCCGCCCUCCAUCUCGGGGGUGCCGGGCCCCUACUCCAUCCCCUCCGUCCCCCUGGCAGGAGCGCCCCCCUCCAGCAUGCUGAUGGACAAGCCGCACCCACCGCCCCUGGCCCCCAGCGACUCCAUCGGGAGCCACAGUGUGCGCAAAGGGUACCGGAUUCAGACUGACAAGGAGAGGGACUCGAUGAAGGUCUUGUACUACGUGGAGAAGGAGCUGGCGCAGUUUGACCCUGCCCGGAGGAUGAGAAGCAGAUACAACAACACCAUCUCGGAACUCAGCUCCCUGCACGAGGAGGAUGGCAGCUUCCGCCACUCGUACCACCAGAUGCGCAGCAAGCCCUUCCCUGUGUCCGGGGACUUGGAGAGUAACCCCGACUACUGGACCAGUGUCAUGGGGGGUGGCAGUGGUGUGAGCCGGGGGCCCGCGACUGUGGACUAUGACAAGGAGGAAAGGGACAACUUCCGGCACAGCCAGCCGCGCGCCAAGUCGGAGAUGCUGUCGCGGAAGAACUUCGCGCCGGGGGUGCCGGCCGUGUCCAUGGACGAGCUGGCGGCGCUGACCGACUCGUACGCGCCACCGCCGCCGCCGCGCCGGCUGGAGCGCGCGGACACGGCGCACGGCGAGUACUACCCGCGCGCGCGCGAGCCGCCCUACAGCCCCGCGCCCGCGCACCUGCCGCGCCUGGUGAGCCGCACCCCGGGGCCCGCGCCCCGCUACGCGCGCGCGCCGCGCCCCGACGACGCCGCCAACGCCGAGCGCGGGGGCAGCCUGGAGACGCCGUCGCGCCUGAGCGCGCGUCUCGGCCCGCGCAGCGCCUCCUACUACGCCUGGUCCCCGCCCGGCGGCCGCCACCGUGGCGACAGCGACGACGACGACGAGGACGACGACGACGAGGAGGAGGACGAGGACGACGACGCGGCCGAGGAUGCGCUGCCGCCCUACAGCGAGCGCGAGCUGAGCCGCGGCCCCUCGUUCCGCAGCGCGCGCGACCUGCAGUUCCACGCGGGCUCCGAGAAGCGCAGGAAGAAGGAGCCGAGCAAGAAAUCGAACGACUUCCCCACCAGGAUGUCCCUCGUGGUCUGAAGUGGUUUUUUUCAAGACCUGCGUGGAGAAGGCUGGACAGCAGAAGCUCGCUGCCCC